AUGUCGGACCAGAAGCCUUUGCGCUUUGGCCUCAAGCGACGCCAGCUGCGCACGCUCGCCCAGCGACAGCGAGACGCCGUCCGCCCGCGCCAGCCGUCGAUCGCCACGGCGAACGGCGCGCUGUCGCAUUCUUGGGAGGACGAUGAGACACCCGACCGCGAGGAGGCAGCCGCGCGCGCAAUGCUUCAGAGGUUGGAAGCGCGGCUGCGCGAAUCCAGCUCGUCCACGAGCAAGCUCGCCUCGCCCUCCAACGGCGGCGGCACUAAUGGGCGUCUCGCAGCCGCUGCGCCGCGCCGCGGAGAGUGCCUGCGGCUGACGCUGCUGCCGACGCAUCUGCUCAUCGAGGAUGUCGACCUCGCGCUGCCGUACUCCGCGGAGACGAACCGCUUCCUGCGCUGCGUCGAGGCCGGUCGACUGCCGCUGCUGCAGCUGCGCUCGAACCCCGCCCUCUGGGCUCUCUGCGAGAAGCGCUUCAUCGAGGGCUGCCUGCCGGUCGAAGUUUCGGACCGGCGGUCGCCAGAGGCAGAGGCGGAGGCUGCGGCGAGACGCGCCACCGGGGGAGGGGAGAGCGGCACGACGCUGGCGUGCCUCACCGAGGCGGCGCUGCUGCUCGCGACGGCGCCGCCUCCGUGUCUGCGUGCUGCCGAGGCGGGGCCCGCAGCCGCGGCGCCCCUCGGCGUCAUCGGCCGGCUCGCCAACGCGCUCCAGUUCGACCGCCUCAAGCUGCACGCCUACCCGCAGGCGGGGUCACCCUCGCCGACAGCGGAGGAGGACCGCGGCGGCGCGAGCUCGCGGAUGAACGCGAACGUCUGCUUCCCCCUCCUCUCUCGCCUGAGCGCCAUCCAGGCGCAGCAGAACCACCGCGUCGCCGAGAGUCUGCCGCAGGCGACCGAGACGCUCAACCGGCUCAUCCUGGAGAGAAGGAGCGAGCACUCCAAGCGCGCGCAGACGCUCAACCACGCGCUCUUCGUCAAGACGGCAGCAGACCAGGCGAGGAGGCGUGCGGCGGAGGCGGCGACGCCCCUCUCCGCCUCGCAAGUGAUGCAGGCGGCGCCGCCGGCGAUCAAGCGGCAGCGGAGCGGCAAGGCCAAGGAGGAGCCGCUCAGCUACACGGAGGAGCUCGCCGUCCGCUGCACCGAGGGCCCAAAACAGAGGGGCGCCCGGAUAAUGGGGAAAUCCUUCCUUUUUUCUUAA